AACCAGACAUCUGUGACUACAUUCUUGCUUCUGGAAUUCUCAGUCAUUCGGGAACUACAAAUUCUACAUUGUUUUCUAUUUCUAGCCCUCUACUUGACAACUGCAACAGCAAAUCUUCUGAUCAUCUUAGCUGUGACUUUUGACCAUCAUUUGCACAGUCCAAUGUACUUUUUUCUGAUGAACUUGGCCAUGCUUGAUCUUGCUUCUGUUUCAGUCAUUAUGCCUAAAUCCAUAGCAAAUACUCUCAUGAACACCAGAUAUAUUUCUUAUUCUGGUUGCAUUUCUCAAGCUCUCUUGUUUGUUUCAUUUUUGACAUCUGAUUUCUUUCUUCUCACAGUCAUGGCAUAUGACCGAUAUGUUGCUAUUUGUAAUCCCUUGCAGUAUGAAAUGGUGAUGAAUAGGAGAACAUGUGCUCAGAUUAUUGCUACUGUAUGGUUCAGUGGUUUUUUCUUUGGAAUCCUGCAUACAAUUGGCACAUUUACAAUUCCCUUUUGCUCUGAUGUUGUUGACCAGUUCUUCUGUGAGAUCCCACAAUUAUUAAAGCUCACUUGCUCAGAUUUCAAUCAAGGUGAAGUUGGAAUUCUUGCCUUCAGUAUUAUUGGAGUGUUAGGUUUAUUUAUCUUCAUUUUCGUAAGUUACAUAAAGAUCCUGAGUGCAGUGUUCAGAAUACCAUCUACACAAGGAAGACAAAAGGCCUUAUCCACUUGUCUUCCCCACCUCAUUGUUGUUUCUGUAUUAAUGUUUACAGGAACACUCACAUACAUGAAGCUUCCCUCAAAUUCCCCAUCUAAUCUAGAUAUAAUGCUGACCAUUGCAUAUUCCCUUGUCCCACCCAUUCUAAAUCCACUGGUUUACAGCAUGAGAAACAAAGACAUAAAGACAGCCCUGUUCAAACUAUUAGAUCCAAAAUUUGGUUCUAAGCAUUCUUUCCCUACUUCUGCUUUUAAUGGAUUUGGGACCUAG